AUGAUUACGCUCAGGUUCUAUGCUACUCGGUCUCAUUGGACGCCAUCAACGGCCGUUCGAUUGAUCACCGAAAGGCUUCUCGUUAUCACCCUCGACCUGGACGUCGUCGUCAAUAACGCCGGCUACGGCGUCACAGGAGAGAUAGAAGCGACACCAGACGAGAUCGCUCGUGGGCAGAUGAAGACCCUAUUCUGGGGCCCAGUCAGCAUCACCAAACAGGCCCUGCGGAUGUUCAAAUCCGUCAACGCUCCUGGAAAAGGUGGCCGUGUCCUCAAUAUUUCCUCGGUCGGCGGCUACUCUGCCAAUCCGACUCUAGCUUUCUACUCUGCCGGAAAAUUCGCACUCGAAGCCUUCACCGAGGCCUUCACCCGCGAGAUGCCCCCCUCUUGGAACAUCAAGGGUAUCAUCAUCGAACCCGGAGGGUUCUUAACCAACUGGAGAGACGGGAACGGCGUCCCAUGCCCCACCGAUUACCCUCCCUCCGCCCCUUCGCGCAUUUUCCGCUCAAUGGCAGACACACACGCCCCGAUCGGCGACCUUACGAAGGCGGCCAGAGCUAUGAUUAGGAUGGCGGGCGAGAAGGAUCCGCCGAUGAGGGUGCAGCUUGGGACGGACUCGUUUGGGAUCGUGUGCCAUCAGGCGAGGAAGACGCUUAGGGAGGCAGAGAUGUGGCAGGAGGUGGCGCAUGGUACGAAUUUGGAUGGGAUAGACAGAAGUAAGGUCUUGGAUGGCCUGAAGGCCGCGUUGGGUUAA